AAAAGGAACAGACUUUUAUUGAGGUUAGUGGAUUAGGCCUUAGGGUUUAAGCACCUGUAAAACCUUAAAACCUAACUUCCUACCAACAACACAAAACAUGGAAAUGCAAUCAGUUUGCACUGGAAUUACUGCCCCAAAACUCAGAUUAUCAACUAAUCGUUUGUUAUCAAACGAAAUUAUAUCUGCAAGCCAUGUUGGGUUGAGAUGUCCAAGAAUCCUGCUUAAGAACCCAUCAAAAUUGUGUGUGAAGCCUGGUUUUAAGAAUAUAUUUAAGGGGAUUUCUUGGUCAAGCUUGAACAGAGGAGUUGUGAUAUGUGGUUCUUCUAUUUCUAAUUCUAAUGCUGAUGCGGAUUUAAAGAUUUCGAGAAGGAAAAGUUCGGGUGUGCCUGCUAGUAGUUCUAAUGGGGUGGAGCCAUUUAAUGGUAAAUCAGGUUCUGUUUCUUUUCAUGGGUUGACUCACCAGUCUGUGGAAGAAGGGAGAUUGGUCUCAGCACCUUUUAACGAAGAAAAAGGCUCGUUUGUCUGGUUAUUGGGACCAGUUGCGUUGGUAUUGUCUUUGAUUGUGCCUCAGUUUUUCCUUGGCUCUGCCAUUGAGGCUUUCCUCAAGGAUGAAGUUCUUGUAGAGAUUGCGACAUCAUUAUCUUUCGAGGCCAUGUUUUACUUUGGUCUUGCAACCUUCUUGACUGUGACUGAUCGCAUUCAGAGGCCUUAUCUGCAAUUUAGCUCAAAGAGGUGGGGUCUUAUAACAGGCCUCAGAGGAUACCUGACAUCUGCCUUCUUUGUCAUGGGCUUCAAGGUUAUUGCCCCUCUCUUUGCUGUGUUUGUGACCUGGCCAGUUCUUGGCUUGCCAGCGUUGGUUGCUGUGCUUCCCUUCCUAGUUGGCUGCCUUGCUCAGCGUCUGUUUGAGACUUAUCUGGACAAGCGUGGUUCAUCUUGUUGGCCUCUAGUCCCCAUCAUAUUUGAGGUUUAUAGGCUAUAUCAGCUGACAAAAGCUGCUCAUUUUAUUGAGAAAUUGAUGUUCACUUUGAGAGGGGUUCCUGAAUCUGCCCUGCUACUGGAAAGAAGCAAUGCCUUAGUUUCGAUGAUAGUGACCUUCCAAGUCCUUGGUUUGGUUUGCCUAUGGUCAUUGACGACAUUUCUUUUGAGGCUCUUUCCUUCUAGACCUGUAGCAGAGAACUAUUGAUGUUUUGCAAUGAAGAUCGCAUAUCAGUUCCAAUUCCAAAGAAUCUACAUCUGUACUUGAUCAGGCUUUAUCAUUCAGCUCUUUAGCUCACUCCAAACGUUUCCAAACCCCAAAAAGUGAGGACACCAGCUAAAAGUUUAGUGAAAGUUUUUCAUAGAACUGUACUGUAAAGUUCCAUUGCAUCACUUUAUGAUCAGCACAUAACAAAUUCUUCUUUUUCUUUUUAUUUUUUUUCUAGACGAGACUUGUUGUACAUUUUUUUAGAUUGACAAUUAAAUCAAUCAGCAUUCAUCUUGCUUGCUAC